GCAUCACGAAGCUGAAGAAAGACCUAAGCAAAGACGGAUGGAAAUCAGCAGUCACGGCAGCUACCCCGACGCGACGCUCGAAGGAGGGCAACAGCGGAGGCGAGCUGCUCAUCGCCAAGGCGCACUUGGCAACCACUACGUUCGACGUGAUGAGGGAGAACCCCAAGGAGGGCAUGCAGGGCAGCAACUUUGAAAAUAUUAAGGCACUCUCGACGGUCAUCGGGGGCAUCGCAGAUCCUUGGAUUAUCAUGGCAGAUUGGAAUAUGCCCCCGACCCUGGUCGAGAAGUCAGGCCUCCCCACGCGCCUGGGAGGCAAGGUGAUCGUUCCGAAGAUCCAGAUCACCUGCGACAAGGGCAAGGGCA